CGGCUGCCCCGGACAAGGGAGGGAGCCGGGGCAGAGGGAAUUACUGCUCCGGCCCGCCCGCCCUCUUUGGCUCCAGCGUCCCCCUCCCCCACCCCCCGGAGUGCGGGCGCGCGCGACCUCCGGGCGGGCUCUCCCUGGCUCGGGCCUGAGCACGCGCGUCGGCCCCUCCCCUCCGCGCGCCUUCCCCGGGGCGGGCUCUCGGGCGGGAGCGCGUGUCCUUUCCCUUCCCCGUUUUCCCCCUCUCCGCCCGGCGGCCUGGCGCCGCCGCCGGCUUAUUGUGAAGACUCGCCCCGCGGCGCUGCCACUUGACCGGGGACGCCGCCUCCGGUUCCGCGGAGCCGGGCACGGAGCGGGGUUGGGGGGCGGGCUCAGCCCCUUCCUCCGCUCUGCCCGGCGCCUUCCCCCUCCCGUACCUCCCCUCCCCCCACGCGGCGCGCGCCCCAGUCCCCGCGUGCGCGCGCGGCGGCGUUCGGGCGGGCGGGCGCCCGGCGCUCGGGCGUGUGCGAGGCGUGAGGUGGAGAUGGGGGCGGAGGGAGCCGGAGCUGUCACAGGCCCCGGGUCCGCCUGACCGAGCCAAGUAGGGUGUCAUGGCCGCGGGGGGCAACGGCUGCACUUCCUCUGCGGGCGGCGGCGGCGGCCGGGGAGUUAAUCCUCGACGCUUGGGUCCCGUUUCCCUCUGUGCGGCGGCCGGCGGGACCAUAAGGGCUUAACUCAUAUAUUUAACCCCCCUCCAAAAAGGUUUGAAAGUAUUCUUGAAGGGCUGUUUGGACCUGCAUUAUUAAAAGAUCUCAGUUUAUUUAAAGACUGUGAACCUGAAAACAUUUCUGAUUGGACUUUUGAUGAAAAUUGUCUAUUCUGUUGCUUGAGAAGAGAUAAAGUAAAGAGACAGCCAUAACAUCUAUAGUGGAAAAUAGGAAAAGAGCUUGUUUGAAGAUGUAACUUGUCAAGGACACUUAGUCGGUCUGGAUGAACCAGCUUCGGGAGCUGGGCAAGAAGCUCUGCUUAAACAAGAGCAAGCAAAAAUCAUUCGAUUCGAGAGACAAGCAGAAGAGUUCCUCAAUGCAGUCUUUUAUAGAAAAGACAGUCCCUGGGUCUCCGACCCCAAUAUUCCCCUAGUGGCCCGUGAGAUCAUGCAGCGAAUGAUCCAACAAUUUGCUGCUGAAUAUACCUCAAAAAAUAGCUCUACUCAGGACCCCAGCCAGCCCAAUAGCACAAAGAACCAAAGCCUGCCGAAAGCAUCUCCAGUCACCACCUCUCCCACGGCUGCAACUACUCAGAACCCUGUGCUCAGCAAACUUCUCAUGGCUGACCAAGACUCACCUCUGGACCUUACUGUCAGAAAGUCUCAGUCAGAACCUAGCGAACAAGACGGUGUACUUGAUCUGUCCACUAAGAAAAGUCCAUGUGCUGGCAGCACUUCCCUGAGCCAUUCUCCAGGCUGCUCCAGUACUCAAGGGAACGGUGAGAACUCAACAGAGGCUAUAGGAGUAGAUUCUAACAAUCAGUCGAAGUCCCCACUGGAGAAGUUUAUGGUCAAACUGUGCACUCAUCAUCAGAAGCAGUUCAUCCGUGUCCUGAACGAUCUGUACACUGAAUCCCAGCCGGGCACCGAGGACCUGCGACCUGAUUCUGGAGCAAUGGAUGCGUCCACUUGCAAUGCUGGCUGUGCCCAGCUAGGCCCCAAACAUCAGGAAAAGGACGCUGCAUGUCUCGGUAUGAAGUCUCCUACUCCUGUAGGUUUGUUGGUAGACUCAUCAGGCUCGCACAGCCCUCCACACUUGACAGAACAGGCCCUGAAGGAGCCUCCUCCUGAGACAAACUCUGUAGAUGGAAGAGAGAAUGCCUUGACUAUUAUCCAGAAAGAUUCUUCUGAACUUCCAACCACUAAACCUAAUUCUGGUAGUUCAACAGAUAGUUCCACGCUGGGAUACCUCACCGCAUCUAAUUCUUCCUCAUUAAGCUUCCACCACAUCUCUAAGAGCUUGGAGGGGCAAACCACUGGAAAGGAGCAAGACACAAAUGUGAAAAUAUGUGAGGAUGGAAAACACCAUAUGCAGAGCUCAGCUUUAAUAGAAAGUCUAAUUGCAGUGAAAGCAGCAUCUGAGAAUAGUGAGGAGAGCAACAGCUGUAUUGUUUCUCAAAGAAAUUCACUCAGAGCUUUAUCAGAAGCAGCUUGGGACUCAGGGUUUACGGGAAAUUCACCUAGAACUGCUGACAAAGAGAAUGCUGUACUGUGUAGCUCAAAAACACCUUUGCGCCAGGAGUUCGAGUCCAGUGAACAGGACACAAGGCCAAAGCAAGAGAACCAUCUGCACUCACUAGGAAGAAAUAGGGUCAGUUACCAUUUACAUCCCAGUGACAAGGGUCAGUUUGAUCAUUCCAAAGAUGGUUGGUUAGCCCCCAGCCCCAUGCCAGCUGUGCACAAAGCAUCUAAUGGACAUUCACGAACCAAGAUGAUAUCAACCUCCAUUAAGACAGCUCGGAAAAGUAAAAGGGCAUCAGGGCUGAGGAUAAAUGAUUAUGAUAACCAGUGUGAUGUCGUUUAUAUCAGUCAGCCAAUAACAGAAUGCCACUUUGAGAAUCAAAGAUCAAUAUUAUCUUCUCGGAAAACAGCCAGGAAGAGUACUCGAGGAUACUUUUUCAAUGGUGAUUGUUGUGAGCUGCCAACUGUUCGCACACUGGCCAGAAAUGUACUCUCCCAAGAAAAAGCGAGCUGUUCAACAGUGGAGCCAGAGGCGGUGGUCACUCCCAAGCAGACCCUCACCCUUUUAGCCUCAGGACCUGCGGUGGAUGUGCAGCACCCCAGAGAUGACGACCAUGAAGAACCUAGUAGAGAAAUAACCUCCCUCAAGGAAGGAGAAAGAGAAGCUUCCUCUGAAAAGGAAUCUCAAGAGCCUGAGGUUUGCCCCAUGACAAAUAAACCAAAUCCGAGCAGCUCUCCUAGGUCAGAAGAAACGACAGCCUCCAGCCUGGUGUUGCCUCUCCCUGCUCACCUUCCCAAAGAGGACACGCCAGAAGGCAGCUCCAUGGUCUCAACUCCCACAGCAAGUGGGAUGGCUUCCCCUGACCAAGACCAACAACCAGUCGAACUGCUAGAUAUCAAGGAGGGGACUGUCACCCAAGACUGUCACCUGGUUUCCUCUACUGAGAGCAUUUCUGAGGGAGGCAGUGAAGAUGUUGUUUCUAGGCCUCAUUCUUCUCCUGAAACAGUCAGUAGAGAGGAAGGUCCUCUGUGCUCAGAAAGCCAGAGUCCCCCCGUGGGCUUGGAGCCUCCCCUGAGCCUUGGAAAAGCUGAAGACAACCAAAGCAUCAGUACUGAGGCCGAGACUGAAGACACUCAGGAGCUAGAUACUGACCCACUCUUGAAGGAAAGCAGCACUUUUACUAAUGAAAACCCCAGCAGAAUUGAGGGCAGUGAGGCAGCAGGUGGUACAGGAAAAUCAGAGAGACAGGGCAGUGAUGUAAAACAUUCUUCAGAAAAAGAUAUGUGCGAUCAAAACAUUGAUUUACCUGAAGAGAAUGUGGACAAGAAGAAAAAAGGUAAAAAACUCCCUGAGGCCUCUGACAGGUGCCUAAGGAGUCAGCUUUCAGAUCCCUCCUCUGCUGAUAGGUGCCUAAGAAGUCAAAGGUCAGAUUCUUCCUCUGCUUGUCCUGAGAUCAAGGUUUCUAAAAAUCCUGGUAUGAAACGUUCUAAAAAAGAAGGGUAUCCUGGUGAGACAGCAUCUGAGGGCCUUCUGGCUGAUGGUUUCCAUACGAAAGGUCUGGAGGACACUGAAAACCCAGGUGUCGAUGAAAAUCCCUCUGAGAAAGAUGCCGAGCAGGAGGCCGAAGGAGGUGGGAUCAUCACCAGGCAGACUUUUAAAAACAUGCUGGCAAAAGAAGUCAAGGGGGAAGAAGGAGAUAUUUUCCCCAGCAGUGAUCCCGUAACCACAGUUGGCCAGCCCCUGCCUAGAGAGAGACUGGAAAUCUAUGUUCAGUCUAAGUUAGGUGAGAAAAAUGCUAAUGACCCCUCAGAAAGUAUUCCUUAUACUUUCCCAGAGCAAUCAAAAGAGAAUCCAGAACCAAUUCCCACACAAGAUCCGGAGGAGGUUGUGAAUGAGCUCAGCACUGCAGACAUCCAGCGUGAAGAUGAUGAUAGCGACCCGCCGUCCAGUGCACUUGGGUUGUCAAGUGGUGGAAGCGGUGAUGCUGGUGGGCCCCCAAAAUGGGUACCGAGGCUCACAAGACUGACCUCUUCAACCUACAACCUAAGACAUGCUCAUUCUCUGGACUGCUCGGAUACUGCAAAAGUGACUUCAGAAAAGGAAGCAGCACAAGGAAACCCAAUGCCAAAGGAAAAUGAAGCUUCGGAGAGUGGAGAUCCCUUAGACGAGGAUGAUGUGGACACAGUGGUAGAUGACCAGCCCAAGUUUGUGGAAUGGUGUGCAGAGGAGGAGAACCAAGAGCUUAUCGCCAACUUCAAUGCCCGGUACAUGAGAGUUCAGAAAGGCUGGAUCCAGUUGGAGAAAGAAGCCCAGCCAACACCAAGAUCAAGGAACAAGUCAGAUAAACUGAAGGAGAUUUGGAAAAGCAAGAAAAGGUCACGGAAAUGUAGGGGUUCGUUGGAGGUUCAGAAGUUUUCUCCAGUUCAGAUGCUGUUUAUGACAAAUUUUAAAUUAUCUAAUGUUUGCAAAUGGUUCUUAGAGACGACUGAAACCCGGUCUCUGGUGAUCGCGAAGAAGCUCAAUACCCGUCUCCCAGGAGACAUGCCCGCUGUCAAGCACCCUCUUCAGAAGCACUCUUCUGCCAGCCUGUACCCCAGUUCACUACAGGCUGAGCGCUUGAAAAAGCACUUGAAGAAAUUUCCUGGAGCUACCCCUGCAAGGAACAAUUGGAAAACACAGAAGCUCUGGGCCAAAUUUCGAGAGAAUCCUGACCAGGUGGAGCCAGAGGAUGGCAGUGAUAUCAGCCUCAGUCCCAAUUCUGAAGACUGCGUAGAGGAAGUCAAGGAGGGCCGAAAUAGCCAUCCUCCCACAAACUCACCUACCCCAGCCAGUACCCGGAUCCUUAGAAAGUAUUCCAAUAUUCGAGGAAAGCUCAGAGCCCAGCAAUGUUUGAUCAAGAACGAGAAAAUGGAAAGCCCGUUUGGGCAGGCUGUGGAAAGUAAACAGAGUUGUAAGAGUGUAUGCAUCAACCCUCUGAUGUCUCCCAAGCUUGCCCUGCAAGUGGAUGCAGAUGGGUUUCCUGUUAAGCCCAAGAGUACUGACGGAAUGAAGGGAAGGAAAGGGAAGCAAAUGUCUGAAAUCUUGCCGAAAGCAGAAGUGCAGAAUAAACGCAAAAGGACAGAAAGCGGCAGCACUCAGGACAGGAAGGACAAGGGACCUGUGGUGAAAGCCAGCAGAGACAAGCAUCCCGAUGGAUCCACCAAAACCUCUGCUGCCAAGAAGCCAGCUGCAAGGGACAGAAUCAGCCAACUGCCCAAAAAGACAUCCUUAAAAGAGAAUAAAGCGAAGAUCCCUAAAAAGUCUCCUGGGAAGAACUGCCCUUCCUCUAGGAGGGAAAAAGAGAAUACGAACAAAAGACCCACACAGCUCGCUGCCUUGGAGACAGGGUCAAAACCUGCAAAGCAAAAGGGGGCAGGUGAAUCCUCUUCAAGGCCACAGAAAGCCACCAACAGGAAGCAGAGCAGUGGAAAGACUCGGGCCAGACCCUUGAUGAAAACCCCGGAGAGCAGUGCCGCGCAGAGAAAGCGAAAGCUGAAGGCAAAGCUGGACUCUUCUCACAGCAAACGGAGACGGCUGGAUGCAAAGUGAUCGGAAGGCGGCAGCCGCGAGUUAAACUGUCCUGCAGAAGUAACCCUUCAUUUUGCAUUAACUGAAUCUGCUUUUAUAAGCUUAUCCAGCCUUUCAAAUCAGCAGUUAAUGGAGAACAACACAAUUGAAGAUGUCAGAAAGUGCAUCUCAGAUGGAGAAGGGAACUUGCAGAGUCUUUCUCUGAGGCUGAGUAAGGGAAGUUAUAUAUUAUAUUCUGGUUGUUCCUUGGGUUUUAAACUUGGAACCAAGCAGUUUUAGUUUUUAAAAGUACAGUGCCUUAUUUAUCCUUUUCGUUUUUAAAUUUACAAGAGCUAAAAAGCUGAUCUAUGUGAUUAAAGGCUUGUAUUUUAUACUUGAUGCACAAGCACUUGUACUGUAGCCGAGAAGACCACCAUCAUGCACAUAAACGUAGCUUCUGAGCAGCUGCCCGGCAGUGUCUGUACACGGACAGAUGCUCCUCUUUGCAAACCCGAGCAGUGAACUUCCCUCUCUGUCUUGUUUGUUUGUUUAAAUGAUAUUCGAAAGCUAAACCAAAUCAUUUUUAUGGUAUGUGGAGAUUGCAGAGGGAAUUUAUAAUUACUAUGAAAGGUGAAUAUUUCUGUUACCCCUUUUUUAAAAAUCAUAUUCAUUACCGGUCACUCCUCCCACUUUGGACCUUUUGUCUUUUAAAAAAUGUGUUCUAAAUUAUGUGCCCAUGGGACAAAAAAUGUGUCACAAGGUGUUAAUUUUGGGUUAUGACUUCUAAAAAUUAUUCACAUCCCCCAGGUGAUUUGUAUUACUGAUUCUUACCAUCCUUUUCAUUUUUGGCCUUGCACACUUGCUAGAAACCUAACAAGGUUUUCACCUGACUUUGGGGGAAAAAAUGUAGGAUUUUUUUUUUUCCAUCUUGUAACUGUAACUUGACAAUUAGGAUGAGAGUGACUGUUCUAAUAUUCUUUCUUACCCUGAAUACUUCCAUAUUCAAAGAAAGCCGAGUUGUUAUUUCCGUAAUAGAAAAGUUUAAGAGUUUGUGUGUGCAUGUGCAUUUGGGUGCAUUUGCCUGUGGUUAUUAGCCACAGACGUCUCCCAGCCCCAGUUCUACUGUAAAAUUCUUUCUGCCCCAUGCAGUGUGCUAGGGUGUUCGUGAGCUGGGUAAUUAGCACAGGCCAGAUGGUUUAAAUGUGGCCCAGGGUCUCUGUGAGUAUCUGCAAAACCAGUUUGGCACCAGACUCAGAAAGGUCUAAACAGCACAGAGUCAUGUAAAGGUCAGAGCAACCUUGCAGUUGGAGAAAGCAGCUCCGGCAUUCCUAGUGGGCCCACACCCUUCCUCCCACCUGGAGCUGAUGUUCAGCUGGUGUGUCCCAAUUGGAAUGGACAUGUUUAGAGUGCAUGUCAGCAUUCUGAUUGAUUAGCACCAUACUGGUAGUUAAUGCUUGUAGUGUCACUCCUGCCUCUAUCAUGUCAGGCUCUGUUCCUUGGCUCAAAAGUCAGAGCCACAGUGUUUGUAACGAAUGUUGUUUGCCUUUCCCGAGUGACGCCUGAGGUGGUUGCAUUGGUUUUACCUUGGUGCCUAUAACAUUGCUCAAUUACAACACAGUGUGUACUCAACAUUUCCAUUGGGCCACUCUGCGUAAAGGCUUGGUUGUUAGAGCUUCAACCAGCUUCUCUACUGUGCUCUGUCACAGAAGUAGGCUUGUAUGGACAGGUACUACUCUGUCCUUUUUACUUAAAAAAAUUUCCAUUUAGAUUGUUCAGAUCUGUUUAGGUAAACCCAGAUGGACUUUUUUCAUGCAUAGUUCAGUCAAAUCAUGAUAAAACAGGCCUUCUACCCAUUCUGUUAAAGGUUUGCUGUAUAUAAUGAGAACUUCUGACUGGAUAGGACUGGAGAGAAACAUUUGAUUCAUGGGAAAUUGAGAAUUGUGUUGAAUUUCAUAGACUAUCUUCAAUGAAGCCUUGACUUUUUUCCCCCUGUGUCUCCUCUAUCCCAUGAGUCACUUUUUUUUCGUUUUAAUAUCUUUGACUUUGGCCAUUCAAGAGCUACCUAUAUUAAUGAAACUGCUGAAUGUGUAUGUUGGGCAGCCCUUUCUCAGCAUUAAGUUGCACAGAAGCAUUAGUAUGUUUUGAAUAGGUUCAGUUAAUCUUUGAAAAGUGGUUUUAAAGUUUUUUAAAAAUAUUUUCAUAUAGUCGUCACUGGAUCCUGUUUUUGUGGUGACUUAAGCAACUGAGGUUUGCCGAUGUCGUGUGUGCUGACUCCUGUACGUAUGUCCAGGGGCCCCUGAGCUGCAUGCAGACUGCCUUGUAGUGGUGCUUGGAUUAGGUUAGCGAGAGGUGGGAGGCAGUGAGCGGGUGCAACCCUUCCAGUUCCAGGCUUCUAAUUCAUUCCAUUACUUUUCUAAGUUCUUUUUCAUUUAAAAAAGCUUACUUCAAGAUAGUAGCCUUUUCUCCCAUUUUAGGCAGCCUUUGAGAAAAGGUAUCAAUGUGUAUGCAUUUUUUUUAUACACUGCAGUGGAUCAUCUUUAAAAUCAACUUACAUUUUAUAGUAGUAGCAACACUUAAAUAGACUGGGAUUCUACAUAAUUAGAACACUUAAAAGUUUAGAAGUAUUUUUAUGUUUGUUGAAUCUCAUUUUUGCUGAUUCAGUUAAUUUUGCUAAUAGAAGAAAGAAAAAAAAAAUGAACUUGAGGGCUGGCUCUGGAACGCCCUUUUACACUUACAGCCGAUGCUGGCAAAUGUGUCUCCUAGACACCUCCAGGCCAGACCUGCAACUGACUCAAGUUUCCCCUUGUUUUCCCUGUCUUGCAAAGACCUCCUUUUUAUAGCCAUCUUCACAGUAUGGCUGACCACCAGAUGCAAAGGAAGUCUGUCCCGCGUUCCAGAUUCCAAAUCACAAAAGAAUUCUGCUCCUGGGCCUAUACUCAGCACAGGGACUGUCCCAGCCCUGGAGCUGAAGUUGCUGACCAGAGGACACUGGUAUGACUGCUGAGCUUCUGGGAGAGCUGCAGGGUGCCUGGGAAACAAUCACUGAAGCUCUACCGUAGCUCCCCAGAGCUAGGCCCUCCUUGGGAGACCCAUCUUCUAGCUCCCACUUUCUAGCCCCUAAGGCUCCCUGGGUUUGGGAGGACAACAGGGAGACCGCUCCCUAGUGAGGGCCCAAAGCCUCACCCGUAGCACUCCCUCAGACCCCUAGCAAGCUGCAGCACAGCAGGGAGGCGCUGAACCUUUGUUCUGUUCUUAAGGCUUCUGCAUGGGAAUGUCCCUAGGGUCUGUUAAUCUGCAAUUGCUAGUCCCUUGCAUCUGGUAGGUAGGCCAAUUCUGUUGCAUCUGGGUUUCAUUAAAGGUUUCUACACAAGCCUUAUCUAAAAACAAUAAUCUUGGGCUGUGGGUUUUGCCCUUGCAGUAUUAUGGGUAAGAGAGGUGCAGGUCUCAGGCUUCACAGAUGCGGUGCUCCUGCCGGGCUCCUCUGUGCAUUUCUCAUUGUUCAGAUAGGACAUCCGUGAAACACAUCACUUCAAGACAGUUGCUGUGAACUGAAGUUUGGUCUCUUUCCUGCCUUGUGGUGGAUUUUGUAGUGAGGGCUGCCGCUGUCACUUUCCUCUCUGGGCAGCGUCUUGCUGAUUGAAGGACCUAAGAGCCAAGUAGGAAAGGACAGCAUGCAACACAAUGCAAAUGUCACCCUUAGCGAUCUGGUGGCUUGUCACUGCACCUGGGACUGGAUUGGAAUUUCCCAAGGUGCUGGGCCCAGGAGCCACCCCUGUUCCUGUUGGUUUCCUGUCAGCCCACACAAGCUGUGUUUUUUGCAGAUGCCCUAUCAAGGGUCUGCAGAAUAUGGGCUGGUCGCUCUUUUGUAAAUAAACAUUUAUUGGAACAUAGCCAUGCCCGUUUGUUUAUGUAUUUUCCGUGACUGCUUUCCGGCAGAGUGGAGUAUCUACAACAGAGACCAUAUGGCCUGCAAAACCGGAAAGAUUCACUGUCUGGACCUUUCAGAAAAAGUUUGUUGACCCUCCUUGUUUAAGAAAAUAAUCCUUUUUUGGGAACAAAUUUUAUUUGAUUUAUCUUCUCCUUUCUUUUGCCUGCCCCCUGCCCUCCGUCCUCUUCUUCUUUUUCCUCCUUAUCUUCCCUCAGUUUUGUUCUUCCUUUUACAUUUCUUUAUUUCUCCUUGCUACAGAAGGUGUGUUGUUACAGCACACUGAGUACCAUCUCCUGACACGUGAGCUGCUGUAGCCUCGCAUCUUCCUUCUUCCAGCCGCCCAUCACUGGCCACAGUGAGGCCGCUGUUAGCCUCUAGAGUCAGGCGCCGCAGGCAAAGAGGGCUUUGGAGUUCUCAGUGCGGCCCGGGCCUCUCAUUUCACUCUGUCCUUAUCUUAGACCUGACUCUGGCUUCACAUCUUGUGUUACUGAGGCAAGCCAAGAUUUAUUUUUUUAGAAAUUAGUUGAGAAUACUUUGGUUGGGGGUUCAGUUUUCUGAGCUUCAUGUUUAGAUAUGGAAAAAGCCUUUUCACAGAAGAAAAACAAAGUCCAGUCACUGACCCACAGUAUUUAUUAUGUAAUGUUUUUGGCCAGCUUCUAGGAAAAUAAAAAUGUACCAGUACUGAUAUUUUUUCAGUCACAUACUCUCCUUUCAAAAUAACGUUAUUAAAGGUAAGCCAACAAAUAAAAAACAAGGGCUUGCUUUGAACAUGCUUUUUUAGAAAAGAAUAGAAAAUUGGAGCAUCUUAGGACCUAAGUGUGACUGAGAAGGUGUAGCCUGUAUCUUUGGAUCAAAUCCAGUCAACCUCCAAGCUGUUGGUCUUCCCUCUCCCCCACAACGCAAGGAUAAGCUUCUAUACUGUUCUACAAAUGACGUUGAAUGUCGUGUCACUGAAAAAAUUUCUGUCAGUGGCCCCAGAACAGUGAUUGUUUCAAUUAUUUUGAAACAGAUAAUUAUUAUUUUGACUUCUCAGCUAUUAAUUUUUGUCUUCUUAUGGCUUGAUGUCCACUGAAAUACUGGAAAUUUUUUCUACAAGUAUGAAAUCAUGUCUAUGUAUAUCACAUUGGCAAGGCAGUCCUCACAUCCCAGCAGUAAGUAUUCUUCCCCCGGCUUGCUCCCAAGUCCUUUUUCAGGGAAAAAAUGAAAAGAAAAAGAUUAUUGUAUUUAAAACAAGCAAAAUUGUGGCAAGCCUUUUGAGGCAACCUUCAGUACAGUUCAUCCCUUGAAAUGUCAGAACAAACUGCUUGUUCAACAGUUGACGGAUUAGAAACUUGAAGGUCUGUCCUCUCUCCUUUAAAGUUAUUAAGUCAUACUCAGGCAGAAACCUAGAGCCCUCUGAUGCUGCUUCUGACUUAGGGCUUUGCCAUGUUGUGCUGGAGGACCCAGAGGACCACCUGGGCCACUGCUGCGGAAGGUAUGCUUGCUCAUGCUUUUGCUCUUGGAAUUGAGCCCGUGUGGUCACUUCAUUCCAUUAGCUCCUGUCUGUCUGAUCUUCCCUUUCCCAGAGCGCUGGUGGUGUCCGCUCAGUGCUCAGGAGACAUCCUUUGCUUCGGUGUUCAGAGGGGUGAUUGUGUAGUUACGUCUGCCUGGCAAGCACAGUGAUGCACAGAGCCUUUCUCCCCUGCCUGGGCCAGUCCAUGUCGCACAAGGUGCUCAGCAGUAGGCAAGGAACGUAAACGUACAGAUUCCCCAUAAACAACAACAACAACAGCAACAGCAGCAAAAAACACGUGCUUGUGCUUUUAUAAUAUGCCAGAGGUUGGAGGGAUGCAUUUUACCUUUUUUUUUUUUUAAAGAUUAUAUUAAAAAAAAAAAAAAGUAACAGAGACCAUAUGUAGCUGACAGAGCGUAAAAUACAAAAUAUCCACCACCUGGCUAUUUACAGAAAAGAUUUACUGACCCUUGUAGUAUGUCAUUCAAGGUCAGUUAUGCAGACAGUUAGGCACAAACAUUUUUCCUAUUAUCAAACCUUGCACCAUUUCUGCGCUUUUAGAUUUGAGGAUGUCUUGCCUGUUCAUCUUGGCACACAGCUGUUGUUGCACCUUAUUUCUGAGUAAUGCUUGUGCACUAAAGAAAAGAAAAUACCCCCCUUCGUUGAUUGAAUAUUUGUUGAAUCCUGAUCUUAUCUACUAGGAUAAGUAGUUAAAACUAGAAGUACAAAGUCUUUUAAGUCUUCCUCUAUGGCAAACAGAUUUAGUAAUGGACCUAAAGCCGAGAGUCUCCUGGCCAGCACAGGUGGGCUCCUGUUACCCUCUAGAGCCGUCCUUUCUUUUUCACGUACAGCAUAUUUGCAAGCUCACUCCCCAAGCUUUGGUCACUACUUGUGAACAUAAAUGGCUGGCCUAUGGCUGUAUGAACCUCGAAUCCAGCCUAGCCAUUCUCAGCUCUUCUAAAAACACCAGCCUGUUGAUGGCACCUCGUUGGCACACCAGCAGCUGUAGACCGAAGAAGCCUGGCUCACCUCGUUCAGAGGAGCCAUCCUUGACACCCUGUUUCUUCCCUCUUCUGCUUAGGCCACUCCGCCCCCUUCCAGGAGCUGUCUUCUCAGGGACAGUCUCCCAUCUCCCGAGCACAUCACUGAGCAGCGACGUGUCAUACUAGAAGCUAAUUUCUCUCCAUAACUCUUUAUUUUCCUUCUAGAAUUUAGCCAUUGAGCCCAGAUGCUCUUCAGUUGAUCAACUUCUUCAGCCCACUUGUUUCCUGUAACCUGCACCUCAUGCUGUCUUGCAGCUGAAACUGUAGUAUUUGGGAGGUACUGUGUGGGAAAGAUGCUGUACAAACAAGAUCUGCAUAAUUUUGUAUAUUUAUACCACAGAUAGGGGUUUGUUUUAGAGCCACUGUAGCUUAAGGGUGUUAGUUUCACCAGUGUUCUAGGAGACUGUGUUAUUGACUCUGGUUUCAAAUACAUUAUAUAAUACAUAGUUAUACACACCACUGUGGAAUUUAUUUCACUGUGUAAAUAGUGAUAUUUUCCUGUUCAAAAGCUUCUAUAGAAAGUAUUUAUUUUAACAACAAAAAAUUAACUGUCAAAAGGGCUUUCCAAAAAAGUGUUCUUUCUAGACACCCAUCCUUCCCAAUUACCAUGCUCGUCCAUUGAACUCCCAAACAACAUCGUGAAGGCAGAGGGUGCAGCCUUAAAACCCUCACUAGUUCGGGCAUAUGCAAUGUGGAUUGGGAACCCGAGUGCUUCUCCCCACUGUCAUCCCAUCCCAGAACAAAGUGGGUCUCCCACCACUCAUAUGGCUGUGCCAGGCAUGGCAUCAGGGCUUGCCUGAAGCAGCCCACGUUUUGCAUACACAGUUGAUACCUUCUGACUGUCCAACAGCCUGUGCAGGGAAAUGAGCCUUAGUUGUAACCCCAAGGAAAUCCAAGCCCAUACCUGUGGGAUAUAGAGAGACCACUGGUUGCCUAAAGAAAGCAUUAAGAUAUAUUUUAGUCUUUCUCAUGUUUGUGAAAGACAUACACCUAUUCACAUUCAUUAACCAUGGGAGAUUAGUGUUUCCUUCUGCACCUUGAUAGUACUCAUGAGCACCUCAGCUCUCCUCCUCCGCCCUUCUUUUCCCUGUCUCAGCAAGUCUGUGCAGAUGUGGGCCAGUCCCACCUGUAACCCUUGGUUACAGAACGAAACCAUCUGUUCUAAGAUGUGUGCAGAUUUUCUUCUCAGGAGUUUUGGUCUGCAAUUCAGAGCACCCCUAGAUGUCAUGGAACUGAUGGCUUUAUGAUCACGUUCCUCUUCCCUGUGCCCCAUUCCUGGGCACCUCUGUCUGAGUCAUUCUCAUUCCGCCCAGCUGGCUGGACUGAGAACCGUAGCUUCAGGACUGCAGAGCGCUUGGGACUGGACACACACGGGGUUUUGUCCUCCAUAAAUUUUGAACCAUAAUUUGCAUAUUUUCUUAUUGCCUCCCUUUGUCUUUUCUAACAAAUGAGGAGGACACUUGAACAGUAAUGCUGGAGAAUGUUUUUUUCUAAGAUACUGUUUGUAAGCAAAUCUGAUUUUAAGAUGAAAUGUGAAUGGGUAACUAGGUGCCAGGGAAUUUAGCACUGAACUAGACAGUCAACACUUUUUUAACCUUUGCAGGAGAAAAUAGAUUUUGCUCUCAUCUAAUGUUCACAAGAAGUAAUGUUGUAAAUAGUUUUUUAAAAAUAUUUAUUACGUGUGCUGUAUACCGAUUCAUGUUCUGAGCGGUGUUGGUCUGCAUUGUAGUAUCGUAGAAGGGUAUAUUUUGAGCAGUGGACUUACUUUCAUAACACAGUUCACACAUGGAGAAAGAACAGAAACCAGCAGGUUGAGAGCUGUGUGGGGCAUUUGAUCUGUAAUGCUACAUCAAUCCAAGCUUUAACUGCCCCCUCUUCUCAUCUGGUUAUGUUAAAUAUAUUAUAUAUAUAUAUACACACAUGUAUGUAUGAUAAACUGGUCGGUUCCCAGAUCUGCAGAGCAGAUUUCCAGGUGUUCUUUCUGAUGUGUUGCGCAUAAGCAAUAAGAUCCUAGGAAAUAACAUUUAUUCUGGGCUCUGCGUUGGCCCUUGUCUCAGAGGAUAGGGUGGGGGUAGAACAGCUCUUGCUAAGACCUCUUGCCUUUGCCGGAGAGGUGGCUGUACUUGAAUUUUUGCUUCUGUUUGUCUGCACGCUUCUUCAUGUCAUACAACUCUAGCAAUGGAUGAGAAGUCUGCCAGCGCCAGACACAUCAAAAAUCGGGCAUGGAGAUUGAAAAAUGAUCAUUUUUCCAUGAAUUUGUAGGGCUUCCUAAAUCUAGUGGAAGCAAAGCUCAUUUGGCUGUAAACAUAAGAACUUUUUAUAUUAGAAAUUUAAUUGCCAGCUAAAAGUCCUUUGAGUCUGUCUGCCCUGCCUUUGAAAGCUAAGCCCAUUUCCUGUGAUCCCCCUCUGUGCCUGGGUUUGAAAUGUCUGGGGUAAAACCCUUUAGAUCCGAGCGAGGCAGGCAGUCCCUCUUCCAUGGCUCCCAGCGUGUCCAGUUCCACAGCUUUCUAAGCUGUUUAGCAGCCUCUCCUGUGACCGUCCUAAACUUUAUGAAAAAUACCCCACACCCAAAUAACCAUGAAUAGAAUAAUGUAGUUUUUUAGGCUUUUGGAAUAUGUCUUCUCUUUUGUAUUUAUGAUGGUGUUUAGAAUUUUUCACUAGUGUUUUUUAGAUUGAAGUGGGUGCGUUAGGAUAAGACUUUCCAUUGCUGAGCCUAAAAGCAAGCAAGAGGAAAGAAACUGACCUAUAUUGUGUCAUUGGGAAGGUGACUACUGGUGGUGGUGGGAGGGCGGGGAGGGGGCGUUGUAGAUUCUGUGGGAGUAAAAUAGAACUCUGGCCUGAGGCUCCCCAAGUGUUAUUACCUUGUAAUAAAUAAUCCCCUUAUUAGCCUCACUUAAUCUCAAUAGAAGCCUGCUGUUUACCCUCAGGGAACAAGUAGUUUUCAAAAUUGAGCUCCUCCAAGGUCACUGGCCAGCGCCUGUGUGCAGGCGUUGGUCGUCUUUGUGAACUCAUGGCAUUAUUUUCCCAUAUGCAUUAUGAUACUAAGAAAUUCAACCCCAACCUGUAUGAAAAGCACAGCCCAGGAUCCUACUGUAGGCUAGAGUUAAUGCCUUUCAGGGGCCAGGGGGGCAUAGGAGGCCCAUGCAAUUUAACUGAAGCUCAGGUGCCGUGUUGGGUUUUUCUUCUUUUUUGGCCACGACCCUUCAGAAUGAGAUUAGGGCAGGGGCUGCUGAUCCGGCUGUGGAUCCAGGGAGCUCUAAGAUGAAUCUCUACCGUUCCUUUAAGGUCUUUCUGGUUCCUCCCGGUAUUGUCAUUGCCGAGGUCAAUCUUGUAGUUGUUCAGAUGUGCUCCUUUUUGCUGUCUUGUGAGUCUUAGCCAGUGAUCCAGAUGCCCAAGGAGAGAGUCCCCGGAGGGCCUCGCCCCUUCCCGGUACCAAGUGUGUGCUCCUAACCUGUGCAAAGGUGGUCUUUCCAAAAGCAGUGAGUUGAGAAAUUCUGCAAAUGGUAAUCUGGGUGAUCGGCGUGUAUUUCUUGGGCCUGGAUUUCCAUUAUGUUAGUGAGUGUAGGAAGAUACUGUGUCUUUAAUGGAUGAAAAUUCAAUGUAUGCUGUGAAUUUGUUGGUUUGAAACAUUGAAAAAUUUUCAUUAGACAAUGUUUACAUACCUCACCUGAAGAACCUUUGAGAGUGUAUAUAUGAAAUUUAAAAAUAUAUUAAGUUGCUUUAAAACAAUAUGUAUAGCUAUAAAAGUUGGAGUUAUUUUAACUUUGAAUAUGUACCAAGUCUCUUAAAUAUUGAAAUCUGUGGACUUUUUGUGCUUCUGUGUUUUACUUUCCUAUUAGGCCAUGUAGGAAACUGUGUUCUUGUUAUUGGUAAAGGGGCCCUCACUGAAAUCCAAGCUUGGAAGGAUUUCCUUUGUUGUUUCAGAUUUUCUUGUUUGGUUUUGAGGGAUGGGGUAUGGAGCUAGAGGGUGUGUGGGAGGGAUUUCUCUAACAUUGACAUCUAUUCCAUGAGCUUUUUCUAGGCGCUUAUUUUAUUGCAGCGUAUUAAACUUCUUUGAUAUUAAA